UUGCGUUGUGGCCGCAAUAACCCAGGUUCGAAUCCUGGUCACGGCAAUGGUUUAACAACCAUUGGCGGCUGAGGUUUUUUAUUCUAUUAAAAGCAAUAUUUUUUCCGAACUUUUUAUUUGUCACUGCCAACAUCACGUCAAAAAGAGUCCAUGAAAGCUUUUUUGCUGGCAAUUGAGUCUUCAUGAAACGUCACCAUUUGGAAUCAUCAGCCAUCUGUUGGCAUCUAGUACGAAUCAAAUGGACAAAAAACAAAGUGUGCAUUAUACAAUGCAAUCUGCGUUCUUAUUUAUCUUUGUCGCUGGACGUGGAAGGAGUGCAGGCGAAUAAUUUGUGAUAGUGUUGCUAAUAAUGUUCAAAGUAAACGUUUUUGUUUUAUUAUCUCUAAUUUCGCAUUUUGGAUGUAGCCAUGGAUAUUUUAUAACUGUUGAUGCGCAUGCCGAGGAAUGUUUCUUUGAUAAAGUCGAGUCCGGCACAAAAAUGGGACUUAUGUUUGAGAUUGCUGAGGGUGGAUUUUUAGAUAUAGAUGUAAAAAUAGUAGGGCCCGAUGGUAAGGUAAUAUACCAGGGUGAAAGGGAAACAAGCGGAAAGUAUACAUUUGCUGCACAUAUGGCUGGUGUCUACACUUACUGCUUCAGCAACCAGAUGUCCACUAUGACUCCCAAAGUUGUAAUGUUUAACAUGGAUAUUGGCGAGUCACCGAAGGAAUCUUCACAAGGACAUGAUGACCAUGACAAGCUUCAAGAAAUGAUCAAGGAGCUGUCAGCAACACUAACUGGAGUAAAGCACGAACAAGAAUACAUGCAACUUCGAGAUCGCAUUCAUCGAAGCAUCAAUGAGAGUACUAACUCUAGAGUGGUCCUUUGGUCCUUCUUUGAAGCCUUGGUGCUUGUUGCAAUGACAAUGGGACAAGUUUACUAUCUUAAACGUUUCUUUGAAGUGCGAAGAGUUGUGUAAAGAUAACAAAUAAAGUUCUUUCAUUUUUUAUAUAUGGUGUUCAGUGCAAGACAAUGUCUAACUCUUCAUUACCACAUUACCAAGAAUAGUUAACUUUACCUUUAAUUUUACUGAUAACAGUAGAUCCAUCAGCAGGGCUGCUUUUCAGAUACUGAAUUUAGUGUAGCUUUCAGGUUAGGUAUCAGGAACAAGUAUUGUUUAGUAUUUUCAUGAUCUGCGAUUUGUGUUGCCAGAGCAUGAUUAAGUUAUUCUGUAAUGCUUAGGUGAACAUGUUGAAUGGAAUUUUCACAAAUAUUAAAAUAUUUCAUAUCUUAA